AUGGAGCAUCUAGACAGUGAGAACGUGCUAGCAAUAGUUCGCACAAGCAAUGAGACCAGCUUCUGGCUGGACAACGAACUUCAGGUCAGUCCAGAAUGGAAGGCGCCGGGGAUCGUCGACGGCUGCAUUGUUAUUAGACUCCAAGACACACCCCGAACUUCCGCCGGUGUCGUCUUCGGAACUGGUGAAGAUUGCGAAGUGGUUAUUACUGAGCUGGAAGACUCGGUCUCACGCCAAGGCACGUCUCUGCCAAACACGUUUGAAAGAGUUCAUUUCUCAAUUGGACUGAACCACGAGUACCGUCUAGUUGCCAGAGACCUGACUGGUGGCCAGGGUAUCCGCGUCAUAUACAACGGGUCGGAAAAUAACCCCGGAGACCUGCGCUAUGCUGAGUGGAUACUAGCCGGGCCUGAUGUUCCGGACCUGUACCAACAACUGCCGUCGUCACCAGGCGAACUCGAUCGGCCGCGGUUGAUGAUCGUCGUUAAAGACGAAAAGACUUUCGAGGUGUUCCCUGGCAAAGCCCUCCAGGGCCUCCGGGCGCGAGCCAUGCAGGCGCAACUCUUUAGGCAGGGGAAUGACCCCAACGGUCUAUUGUCACAGCUAGUUCCAGUCACCGUGCCCAGGUGCUCAGACUCGGACGACAAGAUCUUGAUCGAGAAGGUGAUUGGGGGCGGCGGGUUUGGUAUCGCGAUACACCGUUGGAACCCCCACACAGGGGAACAGCAUGUGGUGAAGCGUCCGAAGUCGCCGUUGGAUGAAAGUAGCAGGGAACGGUGGAAGCAGGAGGUGCGGUUUAUGGACCUACUUCGACAUCCUCACAUUGUCGAAUUCAUGGGCGCAAACUUCGAUGCGACUCCCUUCAUCACGAUGGAGUACGUGGCGCUUGGCUCGUUGCGAAAACUCAAGGAUGUCACGCGUAUCGAAGCCAUGAUAAUUCUUCGGCAAUGCACGUCGGCGUUGUCGUUUCUCCACGACCAUGAACCGGCCAUCAUCCAUCGGGACGUCAAGCCCGAGAAUAUCCUUGUUCAACAGAGGGCUAGAGGAGGAGCGCAUGGUGAUAUGAUUGUGAAGCUCUGCGACUUCGGCCUCGCGCGCGAGAUCCCCCGAGGAACCAUCAACGAUCGGGUAGGCUCGAGGCCAUACGAACCGCCAGAGCACUAUCCACGGGGUGGCCUCAAACUGCCUCUUGGCGUGAAAAUGGAUGUAUGGUGUAUGGGACUCGUAACAUUCGAGCUUGUUAGCCGCAUCCGCCCUGUCCUCUCUCUGCGCAGCCUGAGAGGGGUUGGUGGAAAUCCGAUGCACGACAGGAUAGUGGAGGAUCUCAACCGAUUCGCCAAGGAUGAUAACCAAGGCGACUUCAGGAUUUUGAAGCAAAUGCUUGUUCUAGAUCCUGAGGAUCGGAUCAGCGCCAAGGCGGCCCAUGGAUGGGCUGAGGGGAUGGCUCUCUCGGCGUUUGAACAGGCGCAAACUCCGCCCACGGAGCCUGGUGCCGCCGUUCAAGGCCAAGAUCAGCCCUUGGUUGACCAAGACCAGCCCUUGGUCGACCAAGUAGAUCUUCUCGCCUCAGAUGAGAUGUCUAGUCUGUCACUACGACCGACUAAACGGAAAAGACAGUAG